GCUAGCACUUGCACGCCAGCUAGCCCAGAAAAAAUGUCAGCUCACCUUAAGAAAAAAUUAAAGUUGAUACGGAAUGCCGUGUUUUCAACAAGACAUGGACUGCGAAAUAUUUAUUUACUGAAGUCCAAGGUAAAUAGUCCUGUGUUCAAGGACUAUAAUCGGAAUCGCUGUUACGUCAACAAACGUGAGGAAAAAUACAAGAAUUGGACUGACAGCAGGCAAAGGAGUCCAAAGCGUUGCAAGCCAAGCUGAAAACAAGACUGGCGGACCUUAGAAAUAAUAAUAAUAAUAAGUUUGCACAUCCAGAGAAGCAGCUGUCAAGACAAGUUACCGAGCCGGAUGAUGCAGGGAUGCAGGAGCUGCGGCAGCUUCUCCGGCACAUAGCGUGACAAACAUUCACCAAAAAGACAAGAAGAAGGAGUAGGAGAAGAGAAGGAAGGGGAGGAGGAGAGGAAGAAGAAAGACAACCCUGUCAAAAAGGACGGCGGCAGACAGGAGAAGUAGAGAGGGAGGAAUGGAGAAGAAAAGAAGAGCAGAGGGUGUUGCAGCCAUAAUGUCGGACACACCGUUGCAGCGGAAUGGCACGGUGACAGUACGGAUGUCGUGUGAGGAGGCUCAGCUCCACAAAGAGAGGCUGCAGGCCUUGGCGGAAAAGCGAAAACGUCAAGCUGAGAUUGAAGACAAGAGAAUUCAACUCGAUGAUUUGGUUUUACAGCUACAACAUCUCAAGUCCAAAGCCAUGCGGGAACGAUGGCUCCUCCAGGGAAUGCCAGGGGAACAAGAGGGGGCACGGUGGAAACAGCUGGAACUGGACGAGGAGCAAGGGAAGAUGCUGGAAGACAUGAUACAGAGGCUGGAAUCUGAAAUUAGCACACUUGAGAAUGAAGAAUCUCAGAUCUCGGCUAAAGAGCAGGUUUUACGGGAACGCCUGAAGGAGACUGAACGCUCUAUAGAAGACCUGCAGAAGAGUCUGAUGGCCCAUGAUGGAGUAGAGGCCACCGGCUGCACGUCCGCUUCUCUCUCGGACGGCGCGGAGCUCGAUCCCGAACGACUCAUCCUGGCCACGCCGUGCCGGACCAGCCCACGUGCGCCUGGGGAUAAGGCAGCGCCAAGACCCGCAAUGUUUGCCAUGGAGAUCAACGUGGAGCAUGACCCUCAGACUGGCGAGCAACGCAUCCUGUCAGCGAGCCGUGUGAGCCCCUCAGAAGCGGGGUUGCGCGGCGUCAAGGUCUACGACGACGGCAGGAAAGUGGUCUACGAAGUCACUUCCUCCGGGGGCGUGUCCACGACCUCGCUAGAGAACGGGUGGAGCUCCUCGCAAGUCGACCAGCUAAUUCAGAGAGCAGCUAGACCUGGUGAAGGGGGAGAUCGUAGGGGGGGUCAGGUGUCGGUUACCCCGGCUGCCCCGCAGGCCUACUUAUUGCCAGCACCUGCGGACGAUCUGUCCCCACCAUCCUGCGCCCCGCCAUCCAUCCCGUCGAGCCCGCCUGCCCAGGUCACGCUGCAGAGGGAGACUCGGGUAGGCAUGAUGCCCCCAUCCUCGGGUCCCAUCGUGACGCAGCCUGGCCCUUCAGCCAGCCCAGGACCAGAGCUUAGCUCCAUGCCCCAAACCAGCGCUGAGCACCCAGUCACCAUGGUGUUCCUGGGCUACCAGGACCUGGAAGACACGAGCGAGAGCCAACGGCUGCUCGGCUUUGACGGCGCCGUCAAGGCCGAGGUGGUACUGAUCGAUGAAGACGACGAGAAGUCCCUGCGGGAGAAGACGGUCACCGACUUGUCCAUUAUCGACGGCACGGCGGCCGACCUCGUGUCGGGUCGACCGGUCACGUCUGAGGCCGUCAGCACAGAACUCUCAUCCGACGGCCGCGAGCCCAACAGCGCCGCCUCGCCCCCGCCAAAUCCCGACGCCAACAAAGCCCCACCUCCUGGUCUCACCCCUGCCACAGACUAUGGCGUUCUCGGGACAACAACUAAUGGACAUCCAGCCGUGAUGCCGAGCAGAAAUCCUUACACUGCCAUGAAAUCGUGGCAUGCACCCGAGGAUGUCAGUGGCACACUACCUAAGGAGCGAGCCUUGAAGUGUGUCACUUUCCAGGAAUCAGUCAGCAUCAUCACUGACGGUCCGCUAAUCAUGGAGGUGGAGAGCCAACAGAUCCAGCAUGGCUGCCUCAGCAGAUCCAGUGUGCAAGGCCACAGUGCAGUCGAGCUGAAGGUAGAGACAUCCGACAGCGAUGUAGAGCAGGAGAUCCGCUACCUGGAUCAGGUGCUGGAUGCAGCCUCAGACACACCCACUAAUGGAAACGCCUCCCCAUCUGCAUGCACCAAACCAAUCAGCAUAGAUGGAAAGUAUUCGUCUGUGUGUGUGUCCAAUUCAUCUCCUGGUAAUCACCAACCAAUCAUUGUGGUGGGGCAAAGACAAACCACCUUCCUACAUCAGGAUGAAUCCACUGUAAAAACCAAUGGGCAUAUGCCGAGGGAGGAAUCGAGCCACAGCGGUGCAAAGUUUGAGCUGAGAGCGUUUCAGGAGGACAGACGGCCGGAAAAACUCUUCACUCCAGGAGAAGAGCAGGCCGUCAGAGUGACGAUGAGACGAAAUCCAGAAGAGGCACAGGAGUUGGAACGUGAGCGUCAGGAGCUGAUCCGAGACCAGGCAGUGAAGAAAAACCCUGGCAUUGCUCAACGUUGGUGGAACCCUCCACAGGAGGUUCCUUUGGAGGAGCAGCUGGACCCUGAACAGCUUGAAUCUCUCCGAAAAUACCAAGAGAGAAAAACGCAGAAGCAGAAUUCAACUCAUACAUACACACAGCCCCAAGUUACUGGACCUCCCACACUGGUCACCUUUGACCCAGACUUAAUCAGGAAGGAAGAAAUUGUGGAAAAAAAGAUUGACUUCUCAUCUGCCAGGAAGCAAUUCCUGCAAGGUGACGUGACCAAGAAUUCCAUAGCUCCUCACAUAUACUCUGCCAGACCCUUUUCCAAGUCCAUACCCAGGGGCAACCUUGGGAGCAGCAACACUGUACCAGAAACCGGAGAGUGUCACGUGACCUGGUCUGAUGAAGGUGUUGGAGGAGAAUUUACCAGUGUUCGCGCUGUAAUGACAAAUCUGAGCGAUGAAGAGGAAGGGAAGAACCAGUUCCACCAAGGCUAUCACCCCGAGGAGUCUGACUCGGGAUUGGAAGAGUUAUCCGUCCGCUCUCAGGACACAACGGUGUUUAGCUUGGAUAGUGUUUCGGACAGUGGGGCCUCACUUCCCCCGACGCCACUACCACUUACCCCAGUGUUACCAUCUACCCCCCAGCCCACUACGCCAGUCAACGGGCAAACCACUGGAAGUGCAGCAGAGGACGAGCUGGAAUUCCAGGCAGAGGUCCUUGUCCAAAAUGUCAUCCAAAAUGCCCUCUCAACAAACGGAGAUGACUGGCAGUCAUCUCUCCCGAAUUUAGAUUCUUCACAAAUGAGCGGCCCUGUGUCUCCAUCCUCUGCUUCAACAAGUAGCCCAGUGCCAGUUUCUUCCUCCCCUCUGUCUUUUGGGGAAGCUGACCAUCUGCAGACACCUGUGUCCUCCAGCACUGCUACAUGUAACCCAUCCCAGCAGCCAGACUGGCUGCCAGAUGUGGAGGUUUCUUUCGAAGGGAAACCUGCAGAAACACAAAAUGUUCUGCAUCAGCAACAGUCAUCCAGCCCAACCCCGCCAUCACAACCAUCUCCAUCUCCUCAACUUAUUUCUCCCCCACAGAGACCCAAAGAGGGAGGACCAAGGAUCAAAAUCCAGUCUUCUUAUACUAGAGCACUUGCUUCCUCAGCCUCAGUUGCUGCUCCGGCUUCUUGUCAUGUGAACACAGCAAAUGUACCUAGGCCAUCCACAAUCUGCCGUCCCCCUUCCCCUCCAAGCCCAGAAAAGUCAGAGUACAGCUACUUCAGUAAGUACUCCGAAGCGGCUGAACUGCGUAGCACAGCAGCCGCAACAAAAGGCCCUGAGGUGGAAGUGACAAGCGGGCCAUUCCGCCUUCGCUCCAAGAAACAGCGUACAUUGUCCAUGAUCGAGGAAGAGAUCCGAGCAGCUCAGCAGAGAGAGGAAGAAUUGAAGAAACAGAGAGAGGCACAACCUGCAGUUAUUCCUCGCAUUGGUAGCACUUCCAGUAGCAGUCAAGUUCCUGCACGAACAGGGAUACGGAAAACUACAAUAUCCCCGGCAGACAAGUUGAAGAGCAACAGCCUGCCAACUAGACUCACAAUGACAUCAAGGACAGCACCAGGAAAGAUCGAGAAGGUUCGACCAGCUCCGCCGGUCUCGCCUUCGCCAUCAGAAGGAGCCCUGUCUGACGCAGGCAGUGAGGACUCUGGAGGAUCUCGACCCAAAAACUUCAUGCAGACGCUCAUGGAAGACUAUGAAACGCACAAGGUGAAGAGGAGGGAGAAAAUAGAGGACAACAGUUAUGCCCGUUUUCUGCUGGCUAAUGAGGUAACCACUGAGGUGUUGGAGGCCACUCGCAUCACCAGGAGGAAAAGUGACAUGGCGCUGAAGUGGGAAGCCGGUAUCUAUGCCAAUGAAGAUGGAGAAGAAGAGGAGGAGGAGGAAGAGUGAAACUAUGGCGGAAAAGAGGACAGGCUGAGGAAACAGUAUUUAUUUUACUAUUAGUGUUCUGAUGAUCACAUGACCCUCUGGUCUGACCAAUGGAGCUCAACAAGGAAGUGUAUCAAUUAGUGACUUUUGAACUUGGAUUCUGCAGGUGUAACAGCAUGGAGGUGACGCGAGUAUGUGAGACAAAAGGAAGGUGAUGCAAGAGACAAUUUGCAUUGAAGAUGGAAGAUUCAGAGUUGUGGAUGCUAAGUAUUCAUAGGAGGUAACUUGAAUAUAUACUGUAGGUUUUAAUUUGAAAGGUCGCCUGUAAGUCACUGACUCAUCCACUGAAUGAGUCAAAAGUUGAGUCUGGCAUGUUAGUGAGGCUACACAUAUUCAUCAUCAAUCAACAGGCAGGCGAUGAUGUUUUCCCAAGAUUCCAAGCUUUCUGCAUCCCUUCAGGCAGCCAUGUUCCAUCUUGGACGGCGCCGACUUGAGGGCCUCCUUUGCCGUAGACUCUCGAAUGCAUGAUGCGUAUGAUGAUUUAAUGCCCUAUCCCGUAUCGCCACAAUUUGAUUUGUCGAGAGAACAAGCAGCAACAAUAGAUGAAAUGCUUUUUCAAUAAUCAUUUUGGUGACUUCAUCUUUGUGAGGUUUUAAAUAGGAAGGAGGGAAGGUCCUAAUUGUGUAUCACGUGUUUCUGAGCGGGCUGUAUAACAGUAUAAACUGUAUAUAUAUAUAUAUAUAUAUAUAUAUAUAUAUAUAUAUAUAUAUAUAUAGUCUAAAAUCCCUUAUUGUACCAUUGGUUUGUUGAUUUUGUAAGCGGUUGUUGUUGUACAACCCCAAUUCCAAUGAAGUUGGGACAUUGUGUUAAACAUAAAACAAUGAUUUGCAAAUCACGUUCAACCUGUUAAACGUUAUUGUUUUUAGCAAAUAAUCAUUAACUUAGAAUUUUAUGGCUGCAACACGUUCCAAAAAAGCUGGGACAGGGUCAUGUUUACGACUGUGUUACAUCACCUUUUCUUUUAACACCAUUCAAUAAACGCUUGGGAACUGAGGACACCAAUUGUCGAAGCUUUGUAGGUUGAAUUCUUUCCCAUUCUUGCUUGAUGUACAGCUUCUGCUGUUCAACAGUCCGGGGUCUCCGUUGUCGUAUUUUAUGCUUCAUAAUGCGCCACACAUAUUCAACCGGAGACAGGUCUGGACUACAGGCAGGCCAGUAUAGUACCCGCACUAUUUUACUACGAAGCCACGCUGUUGUAACACGUGCAGAAUGUGGUUUGGCAUUGUUUUGCUGAAAUAAGCAAGGCCGUCCAUGAAAAAGACGUUGCUUGGAUGGCAGCAUGUUUCUCCAAAACCUGUAUGUUCCUUUCGGCAUACAGGUUUGCUUGUGAAUGACUGAGCAAUUCAGGGAAGCUCCUUUUAUACCCAGCCAUGGCACCCACCUGUUUCCAAUUAGCCUGUUCACCUGUGGGAUGUUCCAAACUGGUGUUUGUGUCACGUAUGGGGAGUAGCUGGAUCCAAGAAAGGCAGAGCCAGAUGUAAAAUGAUGAACAGUUUAUUGGGGAAAGAUAAUGGCGGUGGACCUAGGUGGGUUGGCAGGCGGUGGCGUGGACAGGUGGCAGGCAGUGUUCAGGACAGGCGGCUGGCUUGGUGGCAGCAAUGACGUGGAUCAGGAACACGGGGGGAAAACACUGACAACAAGGAGACACAGGAGUCAAAAAAGGGAACGAUGAAUAGAGUGACUUACAUGAGGUAAAUGGGCUGUGGUACCGCUGGAAGUAACUGUAAUACUUUGGCGAGGAUUUUCUGGAACAGGCAGGCUUAUAUACCGGUGGUGAUCAGGCUGAUUGGAGACAGGUGCUGAAAACAGAGAGGGGAGGGGGGAGAUAGAGAGGACGCAAAGCGCCCUCCCGGCUCCAAUAAUGGAACUGCAGGGCAUUAUAUGACAGUUUGAUGAGCGUUCCUCAACUUUCUCAGUCUUUUUUGCCACCUAUCCCAGCUUUUUUGGAACGUGUUGCAGCCAUAAAAUUCUAAGUUAAUGAUUAUUUUCUAAAAACAAUCAAGUGUAUCAGUUUGAACAUUAAAUAUCUAGUCUUUGUAGUGUAUUCAAUUGAAUAUAGGUUGAACAUGAUUUGCAAAUCAUUGUAUUUUGUUUGUAUUUAUUUUUAACACAACGUCCCAACUUCAUUGGAAUAAGGGUUGUAUUAUACUGAGGUAGGACUGUGUAUUUGAAAGAUGCACAUGUAUUCCAGCAUACCUACUAUACUUGCUAGCUGACCAUGGUGUGAUGACAGAUGUUUGAAAAAAAUAACUAAACUUUUUAUAAAAAGUUGGGGGAGAGCCAGUUUGCCUAUUUAAGAAAAUUCUAUUCAUCAAUAGCUAUUUUUUUCCUACCAACUCUACAACAAAUAAUGAAACCUACUCGACAAUGAUUGGAUGUGGACAUCUGAGAUGAAUGUAAAACCCAGAUUCAUGUUCAAAAUAGCAAACAGGAGCACAAGGAAUGAAUCCUAAUUAAGAGUCUUUAUACUUGUGUGUGUAUUUCUAUACCACUUGAACUGAAAAGUAGCAGGAAUAUUCUACUCUUUGGUCUUUUUGCAGAAUGUUUUUUUUUUCUUCCGGCAUGAGAAUGUCAAGAGAAUGGUGAGAAUGGUUUUAAACCAAAGGUCAACAUUUUGAUCUGCUAGAGUGUCUUGUCCAAGUGUCCUUCAGCUAGACACUGACCUAUCUGCCCCUUGACUCACACACAACUAAAUCCUCAGAGACAAUGCAAUGCAAACUCAACCUGAGGUAAAGUGUGCGUACUAUGGUGAGACUAAUGUUCACCUAUUUUCAAAUUAAUCAUAUUCUUUUUUUAAAUCUCAUAUGUCAAAGAAACCAGGAGCGCUAAUAAUUUAGGAAAGAAACACUCUAGUUCACAGACUCAACAUUAUUGCCUUUAUACACAUAUAAUAAUAAUGUAUUAAAUGACAAAUAUUUAAAUGACGUGUCCCUUCUGAUGUAAUUCUAAUGCAAUUUGACAAACGUCCAGCCAGGACAAAGGACGAAGUUAAGCCAGCCAAAUUUUGACAAAUCAGUUGUUUUGAGGUUUCUUUAAAAUCAAAAAAUCAAAAAGUGACUUUGAAGCUAUUUAAAACACUUGUGGAGUUGCUGUGGUUUUUUUUUUAUUUUUUUAAAGAAUGCACACCAGGAUGAAUCAUUUGCAUUGUAUGCUAAUUUCAGUGGCUUAUUCAGAUGCCCUCAGAGCAUUAGUUGCGUCUUACGCUUGACUUUUAAAACUUUUAGCAACAAAAGCAUUUUUGGGUGGACUUAUUGUAGCUAAAGCCUCCCAUUGUCAAACUAUACAAACGUAGAGUCCUUGUCCAUGUCCUUGAUUUUGGUUCACACGAUCUGUAUUAAAUGUGGUUGGAAUUGCCAAUGACAACAUCGUUAACACGAAUAUGCAGCGUUUUUGUUUGAAUUCUUGAUGCGGGGAUGAUUUAUUUAUCUUUUGAAACGCUGGUAGCUUGCUUUUUACCCUCCAGGUCGCUACAGUGUGUGAGACGAUGCAAUAUUAUGAUCCAAAUUAUAACCUUUGUCCUUAUGUUAACCACUCGUAUGUUCAUAUUGUGCUCCACUUUAUAUAGCACUUGUACGGCUCACAGUUAUUCGCCUAUUAUACAUAUUAUAAAUAUUUUCUCAUUAAAUAUAAAACUUCACAA